AUGCUGAGUGAUCCCACCGACGGUGCGGUGUCGCGCCUGGGCGCGCCCAGCACGGAACCAUCUUCCGACGUAAUCCAGCCCUCUAGCAUGGGGAACCCUAAGAUCCGGAUUCCGCGCUUAAGGACCGCCCCCGUCACAACUCACCGCCCACGCAUCAGCCGGGCGUGUGCCCCCUGUCAUCAGAGGAAGACCAAAUGUGACGGCCAGAAGCCUCAAUGCAAACAAUGUCGUCAAUUGGCUAUCCCCUGUACGUAUGUGGGGUCAAAACGAGAACGACAAAAGUGUGCCCUGGCAUCCGUCCAAGCGAGGGUCCAGUCUUAUGAGUCUCUGUUGCAACAAAUUAUUACGGAAAGCAGCGAGGAUCCAUCCAAGUUCAAGCUGAUUGAAGAACUGAUCACGAGUCUAUCCUACAAUCUAGAUAGGAUCACAGAUCGACGAGAAGAAAAGCUACUUAGCAAGAAAUUAUAUGCCGAAAUACAGCGUCUAUGGGAGAUCGAAAAACAUAUCGAGAGUCUUCCUACUGCGCAGUCCAGCAUACUGAUUGGACUACUCUGUUGCACGUUCGGCUUAGACAGAUUCGGCACCCAGUAUAUUAUGCAUGGCGCUCAGCUGUGCCUAAAUUUAGGUCUACAGCAUGAGUAUCCCUCAUACCUUUAUGACGAUGCACCGGACGAAGAUGGACGGCUCGCUAGGUGCCAUAACCUUGCUUCUCAAGUUUACAGAAAGGUACCAGCCUGGAAAGAGCCUCCGCCCGUAAAAUUCUCCCCAGUUGAAGCGGCAGGAUUAGAUGCAGGUGUUGAAUGGAGUCCCUAUCCGUUCACCACUCCUAUUUCCCAGCCAUUCUUCUUCACGGCGGCGUGCUUCAGGUCUGACCUUGUUACUAUAGUUCAUCACAUUGCCAAAUUUGCCCUUAAGUUUCCAGAUGCGGUCAUGGGCAAUGAAGAUUGGGAUGAAUAUUACCAUGCAACGAUUGCAUCUCUCUGCCAGAUCUUUUGUGCAAACUUGGGCUCGACGGAUGACCAGAUUCCGAAUCCAGAAGAGUUUGAUCCAUACACAAUAGUGUCGCAGGCUUUGGAUGCCAUGGGUUCCUUGAUAUUGCUAUUCAAACGCUGUCACGGGUGGAAAUCCCUCCCGGUUGUUAUGCUGCAUUAUUUCUGUGUCGCAGGGGUUCACUCAAUCUCGAAAUUGAAUGCCCAUGACCCGAUGUGGAGCUAUGUUCUAGAGGAUUGCGUCGUGGGCCUGUGGCACAUGAGCUUAGGGUGGGGCCGAUUAUGUACCGCAUUUCUUCGGACGAUCGAACUGGUCUUGAAACAGAGUAAUCCGGACCCAUCUCUCGUGCCUUCUAGGGUCGUCGAGAUCUUCAGGCAACUCAACGAAGGCGAUCUGUGGACGGUGACGGACAUAUCAUCCCUGGCGGCCGAUUAUGUGGUUCACCAAGUGGCUACUCAACCGAAGUCGAGUUCGAGCUCAUGGUCUGCGUAUCGCUCCCAAGGCUUGCAGAGUCUUAUCCAUGACAUGGAUAGCCUCUCCGUCAAUCUCAGCUCUGAAUCCCCAGAGUCCCUUGCAUCCGUCAAGGAGCCCUAUGACUCUCGCAGUUCCGAAAAUCCUGACAUGCGAGAUGCCUAA